CACUAUAAAUGACAAAAGGAUCUCCUAGUAAAGCUACACAUUACCUCUGCAUGAUAUUUAUAUACCCAAUGCAAAAAGCAUUGUAUUUGUCUGCAAAAGUAAAUGUGAUCCCAGUUUUAUCAUUUGUACAUAUGAAACAGUGUGAACAUCUAUGUUAAAUGUUAAUAUGAAUAAUUCAUUUAAACUAUCGUACUUACGGAAAAUUUGAAUAGUGGGGAAAGCUUAGUCAGAUGAGACUCGUUGAUGCCGCCAGUGUGAGUGCCCCGUGCUGCAGGCUGCCGCGACGACCACCACGCCGCGCCCCGCCACGCCCCACACACCCACGCCACGCCCACUCGGCGGCCACGCCUCGCCAUCACUUCAUCCAUUAUCAAGACAACUCUGUUCUGCCUCCUUGUCACCUGGCAGGGCAGCCGCGCACAACGCCCCGCUGCGCCCUGCACCGUGGCCCCCUGCCACGCCCCGGACUACCCAUCUUGUCAUCACGCCCGUCACCCACGUGCCGGGGCCCCCGACCACUGCACCCGUCCUCCUCGUGCUCCACGUGCUCCCACCUUCCACCUGCCUCACUCGCUCCUCGAUAAUCAAUGCCUCGUCUGGAGUGACAGCUGCCGCGGCACGUGUACGUUGUGCGGCGCCGUGACGCAGAGAGACGCAUGACGCACUAGUGUAAUGGCGUGAUGCUUCGUCCCCUCCCCAGUGUCGUUCCGCCUCCCCACUGCACUGUUGCUGAGCACCUCCGUGUUGCAAUGGCACUGCGGCCCAGGCUACCCUGUCGGGGCCUCAGCCAAGGCUAGUCAAGUGCGUCCAGUGCGUCAGGGAAGAAGUGAAGUUCGUAGGCGGCCCCUGAUGUCUGGCGGAGUGUUGUGGGCCGACGGGUAGGGCAGGAGGAAGGAGGAGGCAGGUGGGAGAGUGUGGGGCUGGUGGAGGGUGUUGGGCCUGUGAGGGAGCAGCGCCACCACCGCACCGCCAAGCUCAGACCCCCGCCAGACAGACACGGGCCACCUGAGCGUGCGAGCGAAGGUGUUAUUGCAGAAGUGGUUAUGGUGCCGAUGUGGCGCAGGUGAUCAGUGACUGUGCAUGACCAAUUGAACUGUUGAGUCGCUGAGGUCCGUGAGAGGAUGAUGAAGUCUGUCCGCGGGGGCUGCGCGGCGCCGCGCUGACAGGUGCCUCGCCGAUGGGAAGUGAUAAUGAUCGACCAGGAUGUUGUGAUCCCGCGAGUGCUCGCGUAAGGUUGAUGAUGCGGAGCUUUGUGGCGGCGAACAUUAGCAUAAGACAACACUGCCGUCAUCCAGGCCGGCGACGUGACGCGCCUCCGUGCAGCUGGUGACGCUGGAGGGAAACCGUUCCAGUCUGGCCUUCCAGAAGCAGCGGGGCUUCUCAGAGCAGACGGCGUGCGUCGGCGACCCUCCUCCCUCCCUCACAUUCAUCUUCUAGGAAAACACUUAUGCCACUGCUGGUCAGGAACACUCGGGGUGAAGGCGGAGGAGGCGGCCGCGAGCAGCCACGCAGGACGGGCGGACGGUAGCUGCUGCAGUCGUGGCGCGCGGUGUCGGCCAGCCCUCACCCAUGUUUCCACAGGUGCUGUUCGAUGCCCCUCCAGUGCUCGUCUUAUACAUGUGUUAUAACGCAUCUGUCACUUGAGAUUCGUCCAGUGUGCAUUCAGCGAUAAGGUGUCGAUGCCUCUUGUAAGACAAUAAUGUUACCCGGUGAGCCUCUUGUGACGUAACACUUGCUCGCGGUAAUGAUCAUCAAGCCACGCGGCAGAGGCUGAGCGUCUCUAAGUGUUCCCCGCUAAAGGCCGGGGCUGGGAGAGCCUCGAGCAGACAGGAGUGAGAGUGAGAACCCCAAUGCGUAAACUGGUGCUGUUGGAGUGACCGAAAUACACAUUACUGAAACAAAACAAAAAAAAAAACACGUGACAGCCCUACGUCUUCUCUGGUGGACUCCAGUGAACCUGCCUUGAAGCAACACUCCUUGGAGCAGAGGAGUGACACCGCCUCGCCGUAACGACCGACCCUCCAUCAGGGAACCAACCGAUGGAACUCUGGAAGCCAGGUGCUCGUAAGACAAAAAAAGCAAACAACAGCAGCGGCGGCGACAAGUGGGCAGCAGCCUUGCCAGACGUGGUGGCUGACCUGAGCCUCACCGACGCCCCCGGCCCCCACCAGCCAGCCAUGCUUGGCACUCGCGACCCCCACUACCUCGAAGAGCCUCGGCCCCGCCGCCGGGAUGCCAGACCUCCUCCCCCGCCUGUAACCCCGCAGGGCCUUGGGGUUGCUCCGCAGGGCUUAGGAGCGUCUUCCAGCCAGCCUAUGAUGGGAGGAAGUGGCCCCGCUGGGUUAGGGACUUGUGGGUGGCGGCACAACCCCCAACACGGCCAGUGGGUGUCACAGCCGCCGGUGGACCCGCAAAGUGCCGGUGCCCCGCUUGCCUCGCCAGGCCUCGGCCCUGGUGGCGGGUGCGGCAUGUCCUUUGAAGGUGAUGGAGCAAGGAUACGCAGCGCUUCCAGUGAGCCCCGAGGCCCGGCCGGUAACGGCGGAGACCGACGAGUUCGAUGUUCCUCGGCCACCAGGUCUCGCCAGCACCGGCCUCGCCCAGCUCAAGGAGAUCAGCCACCCCCUGCUCCCGUCAGCCCGACGCCCCAGUCUGGAGCAGCCGUCAGUCACGGGGGGCAGCAGCUUCCCUACCCCCCCGCUGGGCCCCAGCAGGGGGCGGGAGCCAUGGGCAUGGUGGGUGGUGUCCUAGCCCGCCUAGCUGGAUGCUACGAGAACAUGGAGCCUGGGCGCGAGGUGGGGGAGGGCAUGGCCUACGGCUACCAAGUGAGCGACCUGGAGGCGCUGCUCACCCGCGCCUCGCCCUCCCGCCCGGCCAACCUCCCUAUGGUGCUUGCCUCGGCCACGCGCCUCCAUAACAUGCGUCGGACGCCUGAGCCUCACUUACAGAACCAGCCUCCCGUCCGACCGUAUUUACCGUUUGGAAUAAUAGUAAACGCUGUGUUCAAAACUCGAGACUGGUUGUAUGUGAGGACAGCACACGGGGCGGAGGGUUAUGUGCCAUAUCGAGUGUGUCUGCCGCUGGGGAUCCUGCCGCCGCCUCGAGAGGGUCAGCACGCCUCCCCCUCCGGCAUGGACGUGUCGGGCACUGCUGCGUGGGACAGUCGGACGGACAUGUUUCAAGGAGGUCUCGCCCAGCUGCCCAGCCCUCCAACCGUUCCCGCUGCAGUGGCGGGUCUGGGCGCUGUCAACCAGGAGGCAGCAGUCCAGACUCGGGGUAGGUCUCGGGGGCGUCGGCGACCACCCUGCCCGAACACCUCCAACCAGACAGACACACAGAAGCUGCAACCCGCCGUCCGCAGCCUGUCCGAGUCACGGCCGCCACGCGAGACUCUCGACGCCCCACUGCUCGCCCCCACGCCCUUUGCACCCACGCCGAUGGCCCUCGCACCGUUAGCAGCCACACCUGUGCCCACCACCACGGCGGCCGGGUCAUCAGCCGACCAUAUCCUGGUGUAGAGUCCAGCUUUCUUCAUUGCUUCUCAUCAAUAACGGAGGCGAGUUCGCACACAUGGAAGAAGAGGAUGAGGUGAUGGGGGCGAGGAGGCGUGAGGCGCGAAGAGGGGAAUGGAGGGCGUGGGUGAGGGGGGGAGGGAAGGAGGAGACAGGUGAUGGUGGCGAGAGUAAUACCUGUGCCACCUGAGAGAGAAAGAGUGUGUGUGUGUGUGUGUGUGUGUGUGUGUUAUCAUUUAUAGAGGCUUAUCCCACCCAGCCCUACUUAGCCCCGCCCCGCCCCGCCCCGCCUCCCUACACCCCGCCGCCCCCAGGCACUCACCCAGACGACCCAGUGACAAUGUACCGAUGUAUCCAUACCUACACGCACGCACAAAGACCUAGUCCGAACCCUUCUUGUUGAGACGCUGCGCCGAUGCUGCCUAGAGAGUGACUGACGGAGGAGAGAUAAAGCUAUUUUCUAUAUUAGUUCGUUACGGAAAGAUUGUUGUUGUGUUUAUAUUACGCUAUAGAAAGACAGUUACUAGUGCUCCUAUAUAUAUAUUACGUUACGGAAGACAAAGAGUGUUUGUUAUAACGGCGGCGAAAGCUGUCUUUAUUACGGUAUGACUCAGAAAAUUGUGUUGUUGUUGAUGUUUAUAUAUUAUCGUGUUGUGAAAGGAAAGAACGCCGUGUCUAUAUUAUGUUACGGAGAAAACAAACUUAUUUACUCACAAUACAACGUGCCGGAUAAAAAGCUGAAACACUGUAGAAAGGAAAUGGUGUUAAUAAUGCUACGUUAUAGAAAAAGGUUGUAAGUGUUACGUUGUGGCGAGAGUUGUGUGCGUGGUGGAAGUGAUGCAGGAAGGAAAAAAGAAGACGUGUGUUACUGCGUUGGAAGAGGAGUGUUUGUGACGUUACAGAAAGAACGUUUGUGGCUGCAUUCGGAAGCUGUUUACACUAAUCUGUAUCGAAAGUAGUGUGUAUGUUCGUGUGUGUGUUUGUGUCACGUUCCGUUGUUAACACUUCCCUCUGGUGUGCACGAUUGUGAGGUGAAGCGAAAGUGAAGAGGUGUGUGUGUGUGUGUGUGUGUGUGUGUGUGUGUGUGUGCAUGAAUACCGACCAAAUCUUAAAACGUGUGUCUGUCGAAUGCUUACGUACAAGUGCCCAACCAAUAAUAAUUAAAGAAUAACAACGAAAAAAAUACGAAAACUAAUAUUCAAGCCAGCCAAUAGCCAGCCAGUAGCCAGCCAGCUUCCUCAAGAGGCCUGAAAGUCUUAAGUUGGCGGUGAUGGUGAAGAUGAUGCAACAGAGAGGAAAGAUGAUGAGAUCUAACAUCAUCGCCAGCAACCUCACCACAGCCAGUUACUAACCUCAGCUGAUAUGCGCUUGAAUACAGAUUACCCGCAGUUUUUUUUUUUUCUGUGUAAGAUCUCUCUGAAUUGGGAGUGAAGGGAAGGAAACAGAGGAAGGAAUGAUGGAGGGAGGUAAAAAGAAUGGAGAAUAAAUAACGGAGAAGAAAACAUAGGAGGGAAGGAGGGAUAUUAAGAAGAGAAGGAAGGAAGAAUGGAUAGAGAGAAGGAUGGAGGGACAGAGGGACAGUAAGGAGAGAAGGAAGGAAGGAAAGAAGUAUGAAAGCAAUGGAGGAGACAGAGGGAAGCAAGAGAGGAAGGAAGGAAGGAAGGGAAGAGGGAAGAAAGAAAGUAAGGGAGGAAAGAGAAAGGAAGCAAGGGAAGAAAGAAAGGAGUAUAUAUGAAAGGAUGAAAAAGAAAAAAAAAAACAAUUAGGAAACUCUGGCCAAGCUGAGGAAAGUUGGCUGGCUCUGUGUGUGCGUGUGUGUGUGUGUAUGUGUGUGUGUGUGUGUGUGUGUGUGUGUGUCCGUCGGUGUCUAGCAUUCCGUAUCAGUAUUUUCUAGCCGUAAAGGACCAGCGUGUCGAUGUUCUAUGGAUAACUGGUGUGUUGUAUUUAUUAGUCAUUCUUUACUCACUUUGCAAUCAAAAUAGUGAACUUAGUCCAAACAAUAAAAGAGAAUGCCAAAGA